GCGACGUCACUGACAUCAGUAGCUUGGGCCCGCCAACUUAGCGGAUCACAGCUAGGGAGCAUUAUACAAAGGGUGCUCAAAGUUCCAGGGAAAGCUCACAUUUCUUGUCUUUUCUCCCUUCACCAUCUUUCUUCCGCCUCUCCUGAGGCGCAUUCUCCCUUUGUAGAUCGAGCAGAUUCGCAGCCAUGGCCGAGAAGACGGAGUUGUCCGUUGAGAAGCUGAGCUCCGGCCGGGAGUACAAGGUCAAGGACAUGUCCCAGGCCGACUUUGGUCGCGUCGAGAUCGAGAUUGCCGAGGUCGAGAUGCCGGGGUUGAUGGCUGCUAGGACUGAGUUCGGUCCUUCCCAGCCGCUCAAGGGUGCAAGGAUCACCGGAUCUCUGCACAUGACCAUCCAGACCGCUGUCCUGAUCGAGACUCUGACCGCUCUGGGGGCGGAAGUCAGAUGGUGCUCCUGCAACAUCUUCUCCACUCAGGAUCACGCAGCCGCCGCAAUUGCUCGUGACUCUGCGGCAGUGUUUGCCUGGAAGGGCGAGACCCUGUGGGAGUACUGGUGGUGCACGGAGAGGGCGCUUGACUGGGGUGAGGACUCCGGCCCGAACAUCAUCGUCGAUGACGGGGGUGACGCUACGCUCCUCAUCCAUGAGGGGGUCAAGGCCGAGAAGGCAUUUGCGGAGAAUGGCACCAUCCCCGACCCCAAGUCCACUGACAACCCCGAGUUUCAGAUUGUGCUAACCAUCAUUGCUGAUGGACUCAAGAAGAGCCCCAACAGGUGGCACAAGAUGGCUGAGAAUCUGGUUGGCGUGUCGGAGGAGACGACCACCGGCGUGAAGAGGCUGUACGAGAUGGAGGUGGCAGGGACACUCUUGUUCCCUGGAAUCAACGUUAACGACUCUGUGACCAAGUGCAAGUUUGACAACCUGUACGGCUGCCGUCACUCCCUCCCUGACGGUCUCAUGAGGGCCACUGAUGUCAUGAUUGCUGGCAAGACCGCCGUCGUGUUCGGAUACGGUGACGUCGGCAAGGGUUGCGCUGCUGCGCUGAAGGCUGCAGGCGCUCGCGUCAUUGUCACGGAGAUCGACCCCAUCUGCGCGCUGCAAGCAACCAUGGAGGGACUCCAGGUCCUGACCAUGGACGACAUUGUCGAGGUCGCCGACAUCUUCGUCACGACCACUGGCAACCGCGACAUCAUCAUGGUCAAGGACAUGGUGCGCAUGAAGAACAACGCGAUCGUGUGCAACAUUGGCCAUUUCGACAACGAGAUCGACAUGGCCGGCCUCGAGGGCUACCCCGGCGUCAAGCGCACCACCGUCAAGCCGCAGACCGACCGCUUUGUGUUCCCCGAGACCGGGCGUGGAGUCAUCGUGCUCGCCGAGGGGCGCCUCAUGAACCUGGGCUGUGCCACUGGCCACCCCAGCUUCGUCAUGUCCUGCUCCUUCACCAACCAGGUCAUCGCCCAGCUGGAGCUGUGGAACGAGCGCACCUCCGGCAAGUACGAGAAGAAGGUGUACGUGCUGCCCAAGCACCUGGACGAGAAGGUCGCCGCGCUCCACCUCGAGAAGCUGGGCGCCAAGCUGACGGUCCUCAGCGACACGCAGUCCGCGUACAUCAACGUGCCCAAGUCCGGCCCCUUCAAGCCCGCCUACUACCGUUAUUAGGUGUUGCUGGCGACUGGGAGGGGACUGUCGCUGGGUGUGCUGCAUGAGGAAUGAGGUAGUGGAAGGUACCAUCGUAUGCUGGUGAUUGCAGUCUGCAGGGUAGGUACUAGUUUUGGCGGAUCGGGAUGCUGUGACAGCUCAUUAUGAAGACUGUUCUAAUAACGAAGGGGUGUGCAUGUUGUUGGUAGUUUGUGGUUCGGAUCGGGAUCAGCAACUCGAGUGCUGAGUCGAAGGACUAGAAUAAUCCACAUGUAUUUCUAACCUGACCUGCGAAUCGUGCUUUUUUUGUGGCGCAGAGCCAGAGAUUUGUGUUGGUAUGGGUCCAUGCACCAUAUCGUUUUCCCUCGUGUGUAUUGAGUUCGAAC